ACAAAGAAGCUGUGUGAACCGUACUUCCGUAGUGCGUCAGGUUGUAUGGAUUCAUCCAGAACAAAACGUCCAGGCUGCUAUUUUGAUUCUAUGUGGCGUAUUGCAGUUGCAUUAAAAUAACGUUUAGGCGGGCGGUCAGUGCUUUAACUAAUCCAGAAGAAGAUGCCCAAGGAAUCUGACGAAUCCUCCAAGGAGGAGCAGAACAAGAUUGACAAGGAUGGGCGGGAUGACACUGUGGAAACAUCGGAAGAGAUGAUCCGGAAGAGCAGCAGAAGAAAUAUUCCCAGUCCUCACAGACUCACCCCUCAGUCCAGUCCACCCAGAUUUGUGUCAGUGGAAGAGCUAUUGGAAACAGCCAAAGGAGUCACUAAUUUGGCCCUGGCCCAUGAGAUAGUGAUGAACAGGGCUUUUCAAGUCAAGCCUUAUGAGCCAGGAGAGGGAAGUUUGGAGAAAACGGUCAAAGAAAUAAUGCACAAAGCAUUUUGGGAUUGCCUUGAGUCACAGCUGAAUGAUGACCCACCAUCAUAUAGCUAUGCUGUCACACUGGUUGGUGAAAUUAAAGAGACCCUGCUGUCUUUUCUGUUGCCAGGUCAGAGCCGACUGAGAGGGCAAAUUGAAGAGGCUCUGGAUAUCUCACUGAUCCAGCAGGAGGCGGAGAACAGAGCUCUAGACAUCAAUAAAGUAGCCAAGUUCAUAAUUGACAUGAUGGGCACCUUUUGCGCACCCUGUCGUGAUGAAGACAUCAAACAGCUGCAUGAAAUCACUGACAUUGUGCCCCUUUUUAAGUCUAUAUUUGCAGUGCUGGACAAAAUGAAAAUCGAUAUGGCCAAUUUUGCUGUGAGCAGCCUGCGACCUCACCUCUUACAGCAGUCAGUAGAAUAUGAGCGGAAGAAAUUUCAUGAGUUCCUAGAGAAACAACCCAAUGCUUUGGAUUUCACACAGAAAUGGCUCCAAGACACAGCAGAUUAUGUAACUGAGGGUGGAGCAACAUGCACACCAAAUUCUGCUCAACUAACUCUACACAAUCAUGCCUAUCUACGCUUGUUAAAGUGGGACCAUGAUACUGAGUCUUUUCCAGAGACUCUUCUCAUGGAUCAGGGCAGGUUUCAGGAGAUGCAGCAGGAGCUGGAGCAACUGGCACUGGUGGCAUCAGUCCUGCUCAUAGUCUAUAACAGUGCCGGCGAGGCCAUUUCUGGACUCCCAGGCCUCAUGGAAAGACUGAAGAAAACCAUUAAGAUUCUGUUAGCGGAGAUGCACACUCCGUCCUUUAAUGCGGAUGAAACCUUUGCUGCGGUUGCAGAGAAAUUGUGUGUGGAGCUCAGAGGAUGCUUGUCUCAGCAUGGUUUUUCACCAUUUUCCUCAGAUAGAGAGAACAUAUUGAAAGGCCAAAUUGUAGCUGCGAAGACUACGGACAACCCCAUACGCAAAGUCAUUGACUCACGAAUCCAGAUGUACCUUCUUGGCUUCCUGGAGUCAAGCGACCACCGGAGUGCCCCGGCUCUCCCUGGAGGUCUGACACCCAUCAGCAAAGAGUUAGAGGAGAUUGCUGUUAAGUUGGGACGUUUGGUGACCUUCAACAAGCUAGUCUACUCUCCAUUCUACCACAAGAUCCUCCAAGAUAUUCUGAAACAAGGGGAAAGUUUAGAUGUGUAAACAAAACACCUGAAAUAUUUAUCACUAGUUGUCCUGGCUUUCACAUUCUGUAGCUAUGUACAAAUUAAAGUGUCUGUAAAAUAGCUAAUUAACUCCUCAAAACUCACAUGCUAGUACUAACAUAUUUAAGGGUUAACAGUCCCGACCUCCUCUCAUUGCAUUCUAUAUCAGGGAAUAUUUACGAUUAUAUCAAGACUUGAAUUGUCUAAAGCUUGGAUUGCUUUAGGCAAUGACUGAUAGUGAAUAGUGUACUGAAAUGUAAUGGAUAGCCUUGCAAAUACUCUUAUUGUUCGCAACAAAAUAUAAAAAGAAUACUUGCAUUUUACAAAAGAUUCACUUCCAGCAACAUUGUAAGUAGUUUCAGAUGUUUU